AGUAUCUCAUUAAAAUGGAUAAGGAAGAUAAGAGUAACAACACAGUUUCUCAAGGAAAUCAUUCUAAAAAGAGUUCUGAAGGUCGAGAAAAUGAGAAUAAUAACCCUUCUGGUAUUGAAGAUAAAAAUUCAACCCACUCUCCCAAAGGUGAAGAGGAAAGCAAGGGAGAGAAAUACUCUGCGCUAUCCUUACUGAAUGAUAUUUUACUUUCUGAAACAACUCGUAUUGCUAUAUUCCACCUUUUUCAAACCAUUGCUGUGAAGAUUCAGCAACCUGAUUCCAAACCAGUUCAAGCCACUUCUUCGGAAACAGCCUACAUGCGCACUAAAGAAAGCGCUAAGAAGUUUUUGGAUGCGGGAAGGUCUAAAGAAGAAUGGCUUGACGCAAUUUGUUCGGCUAGCGAAAAAGAAGAAGGAAGAAAAACUCGCUCUGCGUUGUUCAAGAUCCUAAACUUUUUGAAAUGCGCUCAAGGAACUGAGGAAGCUGAACACUUUAUAGAUUGCGUCCUUAGCAUUUCCGAGGCAGGCGCGGCCGAGGGAACGAAAGGCCUUCAUGAAAGAGCCAAACAAUUAUUCUGCGAAGCUUUAAAGGAUCCCGAAGUAACUUCUUCCCUUCAAAACUUUAUAAAGUCUCUGGAAGAAGCCAAUAAAGAUAAAGUUUCUGCUGCUGUUGAUGAGAUUGUUCGUGUUUUUAAAAAGCAUUCAGGUUGUAUACAGGCCGUCAAGGAUCUCGCCAACCAGAUGCGAACUUUGAGUGACCAACACUCGUUGAUUUCAAAGAUUUUAAAGAAGUUUGGAGACAUAUUUAAAAAAGAAAAUAAAGACUUCCUUCGCAUCGCUGCUCAAGACCCCAUAAACUUUGCUGAGCAGUUUGUCCGCUUUGUAUUAUGGCCCGUAUUAAAAGAACACUUAACGAAGAUUGAGAUUCCAAAUAUUCACGAAGAGACUGAGAAAGACAGUUACUCAAUACAAAAAAUGACUAUCGAAGUCACAAACUUUCCAACAAGUGUACGGCUGGACGUGCGGUCCUGCAUCGAAAUGCUCAUCGACGGUUUCGAUAUGUCCAAUGGCGGCAGCGAAAUGACAGCCGUUUUAAGCGCCAAUGGGAUAGCAGCGGACUGCUUUUUUACAAACUUUUCUAUCGAUAAGAAAAGUUUCCCGCCUUUCAGUAAUUCCGGAGAUUUGGACAUUAAAAUUUUGCCGCCGGGAAUCGACUUGUCGUUUGGCGUCAUCAUUACGCAAGUGCGAGGAAAAGAAGUUCCUGUGACUUUUAAAGGAGGAAAAGUAAUCUGUAAGAUACACGACAUGCACGUCAAUUUUCACGAGAAUGUCAAAAACGACAAAAUUUUUAACGUCCUCAGCCGCUGGUUAAAUCCACUUCUUCGUGAAACUGUUUCAAGAAACAUUUCGGAGCACCUUGAAAAAUUGAUGGGUGAUGGCUUUGCAUUACUCACCCGAGUGAUUAGAGCUCAUCAACAAUUAGCCAAAAAAGUACGGCACCGCGGGAUCGAAUUAAAAGAUGAAAAGAAAAAGCAAAUUAAGGAAGCUUUUAAUAAAUAA